CUUCCACAUCACAUAAUUAUUCUUCUUUCUUCUUCUUCCUCAUUCUCUCUCUCUCUCUCUCUCUCUCUCAAAGAAAAAUCUCAGGCUGAGAAAGUUGCCAUUUAAAUAAGUACAGAGAGAGCCAUGGCGGGGGAGCCAUUGCAGGUGCUUACAGCGCUCGACGUAGCCAAAACGCAAUGGUACCAUUUCACGGCCAUACUCAUCGCCGGAAUGGGAUUCUUCACCGACGCGUACGACCUCUUCUGCAUCUCACUCGUCACCAAGCUCCUCGGACGUUUAUACUACCACGAAGAGGGCUCAGCAGACCCCGGAAAGCUUCCUGCAAACGUCUCCGCCGCCGUCAACGGCGUCGCCUUUGUCGGAACUCUCACCGGCCAACUCUUCUUCGGCUGGCUUGGAGACAAACUUGGACGAAAGAAAGUCUACGGCAUGACGCUCAUGAUCAUGGUUCUCUGCUCUAUCGCCUCAGGCUUAUCCUUCGGCGAUAGUCCGACCUCAGUCAUGGCCACUCUUUGCUUCUUCAGAUUCUGGCUAGGGUUCGGCAUUGGUGGCGACUACCCUCUCUCCGCCACCAUCAUGUCCGAGUACGCCAACAAGAAGACUCGCGGUGCUUUCAUUGCUGCGGUAUUCGCCAUGCAAGGGUUCGGGAUUUUGGCUGGUGGGAUGGUGGCCAUUGUUGUUUCUUCGAUCUUUAAAGCUCAGUUCCCAGCUCCGGCUUACGAGAUUGACGCGGUUGCUUCGACUGUGCCGGAGGCAGACUAUGCAUGGCGUGUGAUUGUCAUGUUCGGUGCUCUCCCGGCUUUGCUCACUUACUACUGGCGAAUGAAAAUGCCCGAGACCGCUCGGUACACAGCUCUAGUAGCCAAGAAUGCGAAACAAGCAGCCUCGGACAUGUCGAAAGUUCUACAGGUUGAUGUAGAAGCUGAGCAAGAGAAAGUGGAGGAGUUAGCACAGAAAGAGGAGAGCAAAUUCGGAUUGUUUUCGAAAGCUUUUCUCAGUCGCCAUGGAUUGCAUUUGCUUGGUACAACAAGUACUUGGUUCUUAUUAGACAUAGCUUUCUACAGCCAAAAUCUAUUCCAAAAAGACAUCUUUAGCGCCAUUGGUUGGAUCCCUAAAGCCAAAACCAUGAGUGCACUUGAAGAAGUGUUCAAAAUCGCCAGAGCUCAAACCCUCAUAGCCCUUUGUUCAACAGUUCCUGGUUAUUGGUUCACAGUGGCUUUCAUCGACAGAAUCGGUAGAUUUUCAAUCCAACUGAUGGGAUUUUUCUUCAUGACAGUUUUCAUGUUUGCCCUAGCCAUUCCUUACCACCAUUGGACAUUGAAAGACAACAGAAUUGGCUUCGUUGUCAUGUAUUCCCUCACUUUCUUCUUCGCCAACUUUGGCCCCAACUCGACCACCUUUGUUGUCCCGGCCGAGAUUUUCCCGGCGCGGCUGAGGUCCACGUGUCAUGGCAUAUCUGCCGCGGCUGGGAAGGCCGGAGCUAUAAUUGGAGCUUUUGGGUUUCAGUAUGCGGAACAAGCGAUUGGAGUGAGGAGCACACUGAUAAUUCUUGGUGUGGUUAACUUUCUAGGAAUAGUUUUCACAUUCUUGGUGCCUGAGUCUAAUGGAAGGUCUUUGGAAGACAUGUCAGGAGAAACUGAGGUUGAAAAUGGUGAAGUUGAAAAUGGAGAAGUUAGAGAGGCAAGACAGUAGUAGUAGUAAUGAAAGCUUUUGAAUAUUGUGUUGUGUAUUAUGAAAAAGCUCUCUUCUUUAGUAUUAUUGUUACUUUUUAAAAAAAAAAAAAAAAUUUAUUCUUUUUGCUUAGAUAUAUUUAGUACAAGAAAUGAUGAGGAGAUUUUCAUGAUCAUGUCUUCUACUCUUUCCUAGUAUCAAAUAUUAGAAAAGUUAAUGUAUUAAUGCUGAUUUCUUGGAGAAUUAGGAGCCUUGUUUAUAUUAGGUGUCUUUUUCACUAUAAAGAAACUCUUGAACCUUAUGACAAUUGGGGUUCACUUUACCUUU